UACUCCCAUUAUUUUCCUUGCCUAGCCAAGCAUUUACGCUGGAUUUCAAUAUGUCAUUUGUCGUCGAAUAUCUGUUUUACGUAAUCCUCUGAUGAAAAGCAAGCCUGCUCAUCUCUACCCGAGCUAACCCUAGAGGAUUUCGGUGCUUGAUUUUGAGAAAAGGGGCAAGAAAAGUAUAACUGGGGAGUCUAACGCAAUUGCUAGGAAUGACAAUAUUUGCAUAACCAAGAAGCUGCAAGGCAGUUAGGACAUGAACUAAAACACCAUAUUUUUAACUGGAAAUGGCGCUACAGAUCCACCCUUCCCUAUCUUCUUCUCUCUUCAAAAAACCCUCCCAUCGUCUCCUUCUCUUGCCAUUAAGAAAACCCAACAAACUCAAAAUCAAAGCCAAAAACCCCACCACUAAUCCAACCCCACCUAAUAAAAAACCCACCACAGUCUCACCUGGUCGAGGGUUUGGCUCGCAAUCAUCUGCAGCAGCAACUUCAAGCAAAACAAGUGGGAGUUGGAGUAAAAAGAAACGAAAACGCAAUAGAAGAGGGAGAGCAUCGAUCGUUUGGAGGACUCCAGUUGAAAAGCCAGGAUAUAUAAGACAAGAAUAUGAGGAUACAUUUAAAGCAAUGAGUAGAAAUGAGAAUGCUUUUAUUCUUGCCUGGUUAGCACUUGGUGGGAUCAUUCUUGUGGAGGACAUUGUGCUUGCUGCUUCAGGCAUGCUGCCAGAAGAAUGGGAUGAAUUUGUAGUGAAGAGUCUAUACCCAUCUUUCAUCCCUGUAGUUGGCUUGUUUGUGGCGGGAACGGUUGCAUGUGGAGUUUUGAAGAAUCUGCAGAAUGAGAAUGUUGAAGACCUAAACUGAUAAUUUGCGAACACAAACUAUUGUUUCCAUGUUAAAUUAGGAGCA